UGACUCCCUGGGUCAUUGCCAGGGUAGGCCAGGAGAAAAGGGCGGACAGGUAAAAGAGAAAGGACUUGGUAGAACUUGCCUAUGCCUGGGCCUUGGCUGGGUUUCGGACACUCUGAUGUUAGCUGGUGCUGGUAGUUUAAGCUGGUACAAGCUGUAGUUCAGGUUGUCUUGCACUUGACAUACUGACUAGUUCCUUCAUAUGCAGCUUGUAAGAGCAGCUAACAGAAUGAAGAUGAACUCCAAUGACAGCAGCGAAUCAGAGAAUGAUACUGAGGAAGAGGAGGAGGAGGAAGAAGAGUUUGCAAAUGAACACAUUAAGAGACUGAGUGGAGGAAGUAAAGAUAUGCGGCAGGAUGGCACACCUCAGGAGGGAGCUUUUGAGACAGAGGACAUGUGCCUAGGGCACAAGAGUAAACACAGUUCAGGUGGAAAAAGUGAUCUGGCGACAGUCUCACUGAUCCAUCUGGAAGAACAAAUGGCAGAAGACUGUGAAGCAGAGACCACUCCAAGAAAGAAAAAGAGAAAACACAGGCUGCUGUCUAUCAACCUGACCAACUGCAAGUAUGAGAGCGUGCGGCGUGCUGCCCGACACUGUUGUCUAAAAGAAGUAGGGGAGGAUGAGGAGUGGACGGUGUGCUGGACUGACUGCUCGGUCUCUCUGGAGCGCGUCAUGGAAAUGAAGAGGUUUCAGAAAAUCAACCAUUUUCCGGGGAUGACAGAGAUCUGCCGGAAGGACCUGCUGGCCCGCAACCUCAACCGCAUGCUCAAACUCUUCCCCAAAGAGUACAACAUCUUCCCCCGCACCUGGUGCCUGCCUGCUGACUAUGGGGAUUUCCAGGCCUACGGGCGCAUGAGGAAAAACAGGACGUACAUCUGCAAGCCAGACAGUGGCUGCCAAGGGAGGGGCAUCUUCAUAACCCGCAACCCAAAGGAGAUUAAACACGGAGAGCACCUGAUCUGCCAGCAGUACAUAUCCAAGCCAUUCCUUAUUGAUGGCUUCAAAUUUGACCUGCGUAUCUACGUCCUGGUCACAUCCUGUGACCCCCUGAAGAUUUUUGUCUAUGAGGAAGGGCUGGCCCGGUUUGCCACCAUGAGGUACAUCGAGCCCAGCAGCAGCAACCUGGAUGAUAUCUGCAUGCACCUGACCAACUAUGCUAUCAACAAACAUAAUGAAAACUUCAUCCGAGACGACAUGAUGGGCAGUAAGAGGAAACUGUCUACUUUGAAUGCCUGGAUGAUGGACAAUGGCUACAACACAACAGAACUCUGGGAAGACAUUGAGGACAUCAUUAUAAAGACUCUUAUCUCAGCCCACCCUGUUCUGAAGCACAACUACCGCACCUGCUUCCCCAACCACAUCACUGGCUGUGCCUGCUUUGAGAUUCUGGGCUUUGACAUCCUGCUAGACAGAAAGCUGAAACCCUGGCUGCUGGAGGUGAAUCACUCGCCCAGUUUCACCACGGACUCGCGCUUGGACCGAGAGGUGAAGGACGGUUUGCUCUGUGACGCCAUCAAGCUGAUAAACCUGCGAGCCUGUGACAAGAGGAAGGUGCUGGAAGAGGACAAGCGACGGGUGAAGGAGCGACUCUUCCAGGCCCACCAGCCACCUCGUGAAGCCAGACGUGAGAAGUUAGAGAGCAGCCAGGCAGCCUGGCUGGCCCAAGCAGAGAAGUAUGAGAACACGCACCUGGGAGGGUACCGGCGCAUUUACCCCACACGCGAGACAGACAAGUAUGAGCCAUUCUUCAAGCACAGUGGCUCCCUCUUCCAGGAGACGGUGGCUUCCAAGGCAAGAGAGGAGUGUGCCAGGCAGCAGCUGGAGGAAAUUCGCUUGAAGCAAGAGCAACGAGAGGCUACUACUGGGAAGAAGAAAAAGGAGAGAAAGGAGAACCUGCAGGGAGAGUCAGCUGGGGAGAAAUCCCGCAUCCGCAGCAAGGCCAAGGCUCCUCCCACUCGCCUCACCUACAACAGCGCCAGGACCUGCGACAGGAAGAUGCAGCAGAUGGUGUUUGACUCCAUGCGGCCCCAGGAGAUAGUGGAAGAUGAGGAAGUAGAGAGGAUCAAGGCUCUUCUGCAGCGCGAAAACCUCAUACGGGGUCUGGGCAUCGUGGAUCAGCUCUCUCGGCUGCUCCACACAACUGAGCCCAGGCCUGUGGAUGUCCACAGGCCCCACAUCAAUAUCUCCGAGAGCCAGGGUCAAAAAGUGGUUUCUCAGGGACACCUCAAGAGUCCAGAGGAGGGUCCAGGCUCCUGACCCGAGGGGUCUCAUCUUAUCAGCAUCCCAUGGAACAGAACAGAGGAGCCUGCUCUCUUAAUAUGGAAGUGCUGCCUCUGGACCCCACAAGUCCCAAUGUGCAAUACAGCCUGCUGUCCUGGCUCGAGGCUGAGCUGUGCGUACUCAGUGCCCUUGUCUUCACUAGGGAACACAGGUGUGUUCCUCACUUGAGGUAGCUAACAGAGUGAAAGCCUUGUGAAGAAGAGGAGCUGCUCUGCUGGAGAAGAAGGGGCUGUUGUUCUCGGCCAGCUCUACACUACAGUUUUGUCUGCACAGCUGUGUUGGUGAGGGAUGUGAAGACACACAGCACCCACAGGCUCUGCUGCCAGAACCCUGGUGUAGACACAGCUGUGCCCACAGACGAGCUGUCUGCUGGCUUAGCUAGCGUCAUUUGGGGAGGUGGCCUUUCUACAGGGGCCAAAAAAUUCCUCCUGUUGACAUAUGCUCUGCGGGCGUGGCUGCAUGGGCAGAGCCUGUGUCGUGUAGACUAGCCCAUAUAGUCACUCGUCAGACUUGAACUGCACUUGUGGUAUAUUUCCAGUGAUCAAGUGCAGGAUGUGGGGGAGAGGGUUCCAGUCACACGCCGCAGGAUGGCUGGUAUUACUGCCCAUGUGAGCUCCUGUAGGCACUGGAAAUGCCUUGAAUGCCCCUUUCUCCUGCAGUGAAAAAAAUUACUGUCAUCUGUAGGGAAAACAACAAGUUUGGGGAAGCCAGAGUCUCUGUCAGACGCCAAGCCUUUGUCAGGGAAAACAUAUGGCCAUGAGUGUGAUGUUCUGCUGCACUCCUGUCCUAGUGCCAAUAUUCAUAUACCAACGAGCAGCAGCAAGAGAAUGGGGACCUACAAUGCUGGGCCAUUAGACGUCCCAAAAAGAUCAGAUCACCUUUAGAUACGGGGGCUAUUUCUCCAUUUCAGUAACAGUUUUACUAGCUGAAGAAAGUGAACUCUGGAGUAGCUGUCUAGCAGCUGGGAGACCUAUGUAAAGGGAGCCCUUUGACAAAGUGGGGCUGAAAGGAGCAACAAAGAGUUGUCUAAAAAUUGCACCCCGGCAAAUGCCCAUCCCUGAUCUCCUGGCAUUCUGUGGGGCUGGUCCCUCCCAGGGAAUGUGACAGCAGUCUGCAGCACGUUUACUAACUUCACACACAGUGCAUGUCACAUAGCUUGAGUGCUUUAGAAACGUGCACUGUGCUAAGGAUAAUUAGUAAUGCCCUGUUCUCAGCAUAAAGCAAGUCACUCAGGAGGCUGAAAGAAUGAGGAGUACUUAUGGCACCUUAGAGACUAACACAUUUAUUUGGGCAUC